AUGGUCCUCUUGUCCGCGUCGGUCCUAACCAAUUGGUAUCCGCAGACCCUGAGGUCUUACGUCGCAUGUCCGCUGCGCGGGGCAAUUUUACCAAAGCAUAAGGCGAUGCGUGCUCAGAUGAACUCCACGAUUGCGGUGAAGAGUGACGAGGAAUAUGGAUUUGAGGCUGCAAUGGAUCGACAAAUACGAAGCUUCCUUUCCUUGCUGGAAACCAAGUACACAUCUGCAGACUCGGAAACCCGACCAGUCGACAUGGCCGAAAAGACCCAAUUCCUCGCUCUGGACAUAAUCGGAGACAUUUCUAUCGGAAAGCCAUUCGGAUACUUGGAGCAGGACCGAGACUUAUAUAACUACAACGAAAUAAAUAUGUCGUCGUUGCCGGUCAUGACGUUUGUCUCGGUUUUGCCAGGCAUAACAGAUGUUCUACACAAAUGGCCUUUUCGAUUGGCUUUACCCAAAGAAGGGGACCAGGUCGGCUUUGGGCGAUUAAUGAAGUUUGUUACCAAAUCUGUUGAGGCGGGAAUGCGCAGGAGCGACACGAAGGAAGGCGGGUUGGUUCAUAACCAGGUGCACAACGGCUUGACCAAAGAUGACAUGAUUCAACAAGGAUUUGUUACUAUUAUUGCAGGAUCCAACUCGACUGCCCACACUGUGCGCAUGACACUCCUGUCCAUAAUUGCAGCACCGUGGGCUUUCAAAGCUCUCCAAAGCGAAAUCGACGAAGGGAGCACAGGUUCUCACGAUCCGAUAUCUUGGCGCGAAAUACAACAACUUCCGUACCUGCAAGCGGUGGUAAAGGAAGGACUGCGUAUGUGGCCGCCCGUCAGUGGUCUUGGAUUCAAACGGGUGCCUCCAGGGGGAGAGCACAUAAACGGAUACUUUGUUCCCGGUGGCACGGAGAUCGGACAAGCAUUUCUAGCAGUUGGCAGAUCGAAACAGAUCUGGGGCGCAGAUGCGGACAUUUUUCGGCCAGACCGAUGGCUCUGUGCUAGCCCUGUCGAGCUGAAGAGGAUGAACCACGCCGUGGACACGCACUUCGGGGGAGGCAAGUUUUCUUGCCUAGGAAAACCAAUUGCGAUGAUGGAGCUGAAUAAGACCGUAUACGAGCUUAUGAAACGAUUCGACAUGUCCAUUAUCAACCCAGACAAGCCCAUGAAAUCGAAGGCGUCAAUUUUCGUUUGCGACACAGACUUCUGGGUCACAUUAAGAAGACGGGCGGCACAUUAG